AUGGGGUAUGGUGGUGUGAAUCAGAAGGCUCUUGAAGCUCGAGAAAGGAAACAAGCAGCAGCUUUGGAAAAGAAACGAAGAGAAGAAGAGCAUGCAGAGAACGAAAGAUGGAGAGACGAUGACAAACACGCUAACAGGAAGAUUGAGAGGAGGAGAGAGGCUUUAAACAAGCAGGAGGAAAAACAGCAAAAGAAACAAGAGUUAAGGAAGUUAUAUGAAGAGGAGGAUUCCAAAAUUGUUUCAAAUAAGUCAAAGACGACCACAGGAAAUAAGCUUACAAAGGCGGAGAUAGCAAAAAGGACUUUAAUGUUUGCAAUGCAAUCUUCUACAGGGAUUUCUCGAAACAAAGGUGAAGAAUUUGCACAGGAUGAUUUACUCGUGGAGAACCCUAAUAGGAUUGAAAAAGAAAUGAGGGUUGAGACAGAAUCUAAGAAUAUUGAAUAUAUCUCUGCAUCCACACUCGACGAAGCUCUUUUGGCCUUUGGAAUUGAUGAAAAGCCAAGUGGAGAUAUGCAUCCUGAGAAAAGACAGAAAGCUGCAUGGCUAGCUUAUGUAGACAAUAACCUUCCUAUUCUAAAAAAUGAGAAUCCCACUUUAAAAAGGUCUCAGCUUCUUCAGAUGCUGCAAAAGAGUUGGAAGAAGGCUCCUGAGAACCCUAUGAACGAGAAUCCUAAGCUUACUUAA